AAAAAAAAAAAAAAAAAAAAGCACUCAACGCAGCUGUUUCUCCAACCACAACAACCUCAAACGUGCUCAAGUACAGCUCCCUCUUAUCAACCCAAGUAACAUCAGAAGAUGAAGCUAGUACCUUCCAUAAUCACCGCCUCACUCCUGGGGUGUGUCAUAGCGACCUAUGGCACGUCAGAUGACAGCAGUGAGAGAUCCGACCCGUUCCAGAUCUCCAACUUCACCGCCGACGUCUUGGACGACCACACAACAAUCUACGCCUUCGACCUCAUUUACCACCCAGGCGUGCCCUUCGCGCACUGCAGCGCCUCCAGCCCUCCCUCCGCCGUAGACUGCACCGGCAACCUCUGCGUCAGCUACGGCAGCUGCGGCGCCCCGGUCAACGCGACGACGAACACGACGAACACGACUCUGCUGUCGCCCGUCUCGUUCAAUAUCAGCCCCGACGCCGACGGCACGGGCCUGGUCGUGUCCAUCCAGUCAAACUACCCGCAGGACGCGGCGCUGUGCGACAGCUGCUCCAAGUCCGGGCUCGGCAAGCUCGAGGACGCCGUCGAGUGGUCCGCCGCCGGCGUGCAGGUGUACACCGGCCUGGCCGAGUUCAGCGUCGAUGCCGUCUUGACUGUGUAUGCCGAGUGAGGGGGAUGGUUGAACCCCCCGCCCCCGCAAGGUAGCUCGUGGGGCGAACCGCUGGGCGGCGAGUUGGGGGAGGGGGGAGGGCCCCUUGGCUGCACAUAAGGGAUUGAUAGCGUUUGUUUAAUCUAACACGUUGAUAUCCUCGGGGAGAAGCUGGGCAGGCGUUGGGGGUAGGAGACCAAAGGCGUACAAUAGAUAGCUUCUAGGCACAAAUACAACAGAG